AUGACUUCCUCGUACCCAGCCCCAGAUGAGCUCGCCAUCUUUUACAUAGGGAAACACCUCAGCGAUGACGAUGUCCCGAAGCCCGCUGCGGUGCUUGAUCAAGCCAUUAUUCGGCGACACUGCGAGCGAAUGAAGCGCACAGUCCUAGAAUUGGGUGUAAAAUUCCGCGCUCAUGUGAAGACUCACAAGACACUCGAACUCUCAGAAAUGCAAAUGGACCUAGUCUCCAGUGAAGCAAACUUCAUCGCCUCGACAAUCUUAGAAAUCGAAACUCUAGUCCCACUUCUCCAGCGCAUCAAAACAUCUAGAUUCUUCAACGUUCUCUAUGGGAUCCCAUUGAUCCCCUCGAAAGUGGUCCGUCUCGCGGAGAUUGCAAAAAUCCUCGGCAAGAACAGCAUCUCCGUAAUGAUCGACCACCCAGACCAGAUUCCCUAUCUUGAGAAAUUUUUCGAGAUAACCGAUUUCCCAAUUGGUGUCUUCUUGAAAGUCGAUACCGGUUAUCACCGUGCCGGUUUACCACCAGUUUCACUAAACAAAAACGGGUUACUUGAACGACUCGCCGACGCAGAGAAGAAAGGCUUUGUUUCUUUGCUAGGACUCUACUCGCAUAGUAGUCUUAGCUACAGUGCGAAAACAGCGCAAGAAGCAAUGAGUUACCUCGUUACUGAGAUUCAGGGAUGUAAGGAUGCGUUACAGCGAUGGACGCAUCUUUUACCUCAAGAUCGGAAGUUGGUGAUUAGUGUUGGUGCAACACCACAGGUUACAUCUUCUUAUAACCUUGCUCCAACUAAAAAUGAGGAAAUGAAUGCAGGUUUUGCCCCGAAUCCGUGUCACAAAUCUCCUGAAGCGAAGGAAUUGAAGGACCUGCUCCGGGAAUUCAAGGAUCCGAGUUCGAAGGUGAAUAUUGAGUUCCAUGCGGGCAAUUAUCCCGUUUUGGAUAUGCAGCAAGUCUCUACACACGCGCGGGAAGGAGAUGGGAGAUUAGAGGAUGAGAUUGCUCUUUCAGUUUUUGCGGAGGUGUGCAGUGUUUACAAUGAUGGAGAACGAGAGAAGGCUGAAGCUCUUAUUGCUGCGGGGACUUUGGCAUUGGCGAGGGAACCUUGUGAGAGCUACCCUGGAUGGGGUGUACUUUCUUCGUGGGGGUUGGGAAAAGAGGUUGAGAAAUCGAGAUUGAUUGUUAGUCGGAUUAGCCAGGAACAUGGUAUUGUGGCUUGGGGAUCUCCACUGGCAGGACAGGAGAGUAUUCCCUUGAAGAUUGGACAGUUCGUGAAGGUCUUUCCGAAUCAUGCUUGCGUCACUGGUGCCUUUUAUGGGUGGUACUUUAUUGUGGAUUCGGAUCUUGAUCCUGAUGCUUCGCAGAUUGUGGAUGUUUGGGUUCGGGGGAGAGGAUCUGAUGUUACGAACCCAUAUAUGACUAUGAGAUACCAGUAA